AUGCAGCCUGGAGAAAUUGAAAACCAGGUCAACCAAGGUGCCCAGAGAAGAUUCAAUUUGGAGAACAGGAUUUUUAAUUGGUUCGGUGGCCUCUCUGGAAGGAAUGGAAGGUACUGGAAUGAAGAUAGUCACCACGACAGGUUCAUCAUCAAGCAGAGAGUCACCAGAAACCUGAGAGACAAGUUCCUGUUCAGAAAUCUGGUCACCUCCAGAAGACACUUGGAGGCUACCACGAGGAGAAAAUCGAGGCUGUGGAGCCUCGAUCCGGAAAAUGAUCGAUUCGUGAUCGAGGCUCUCCAUCAAGAAACAGCGAGGGUUGUAAAUAGAAAUCUGGAGCUGGCGGCAGGUGUAUCAAGAGCUCCGGUAGCGGCGUCGGUACCGGUACCGGUACCGGCGAGUUGCAGGAAGAGAGGUUACCAAAGAGGAAGGUGGGAGAUCACGUCGUGGAACAAUUCACUGGGAAAGACGAUCCAGCUCCCGCUGCGAAGAACUGGCGGUGGUGGAGGCGGAGGAAGAAGAGAAAAAAACGCUGAUGUGAUAGGAAACAUUCUUAGGAAGCAUCAAAGCAUAAGUGUUGCAGGCGCAUGAAAUCAAUGGUGAUAUGAUC